AUGUCGCAGUCAGACAACGAGAAGAAGAAUGACGGAGAGACGUCUGUCGUCAUCCAGGGAGCGUCGAUGUACGAGGAGGAGCUCGAGGACUUUAAAGUUCUGAAUGCGAAGUAUACUGGCCCUGUGCUCCGGAAACUUCUUUGGAAAGUGGAUCUUCGCCUCAUCCCAGUCUUUGCGCUGCUCUAUCUGCUUUCGUUCCUCGACAGAGGAAAUGUUGGAAAUGCAAAGGUCGCUGGUCUACUCACGACCAUCCCCAUGACCGACGCGCAGUACAACACCGCUCUUUCCUGUUUCUACGUCUUCUAUAUCGUCUUCGAGAUCCCCUCCCAAAUCGCGCUCAAGAAGUUCCGCCCGAAGUGGUACAUUUCAGCAAUGACGCUUUCUUGGGGUCUCGUUAUGACGCUUACCUCGCUCAUCCAAUCCUACCAUGGCUUUCAAGUUGCCCGCAUCUUCCUCGGUAUCACCGAAUCCGGAAUGUUCCCCGCUGCCGGCUACACACUCUCGACCUGGUACUCUCGCACCGAGUUAGCCUCCCGCGUCAGCAUCUUCUUCUGCUCUGCCAGUAUCGCCGGCGCGUUCUCGGGCAUACUGGCGUACGGAAUCAGCUUUCUGGAUGGGAAGGCCGGGAUGGAGGGGUGGAGGUGGAUUUUCUUGAUCGAGGGCUUGAUUACGGUGCUUGUUGGUCUCUUGGGGCCGCUCAUUGUCUUAGACAGCAUACCUCAUUCCGGUAAAUGGCUCACCGACGAAGAACGUCGGUUCCUCAUACUCCGUCAGCGAUACAGUACCACUGGCGUGAUCCCUCCGGCGGAACAUUUCGACUGGAAGUACGUCAAGAUGGCAUUCAGUGACUGGCAGAUGAUUCCGCAGAUUGGGGUCUUUAUCACGCAUAGCGCCAUCGGCGUGUCGAUCUCAUUCACUCUUCCCGUCAUCCUUAAAUCACUCAAGUUCACCACUAUCGAAUCUUACCUCGUUCCCGUUCCGAUCUACGCCGCCGCAUGUGGCGUCACAUACUUCAACAGCUGGCUCGGUGACCGGCGGCAGAGUCGAUUCCUACAUAUCUUGAUUCCGUUCUGUGUCGCUGUCGUCGGCGUAGUCUUAUGUCUUGCGACCGCGGGCAAGAGCGGUCUGGUCGGUGUGAAUCUCUUCGGUCUUAUUUUGAUUGUCCUCGCGUCAUACAGUCCCGUACCUAGCAGUAUUUCGUGGUGUGCGAAUAACGUGAUCGGGUAUAAGAAGGUCAUCUCGAUGGGCAUGCUCAUGGGUAUCGGGAACCUGAGCGGCCUCAUUGCGUCCAACAUCUAUCUCACUCGUGAAUCGCCGAGGUAUCACACUGGAUACGGUAUGCCUUAA